UAUACAUGAAACACAGUGGUAUAAUUAUACAUGAAACACAGUGGUAUAUACAUUAAACACAGUGGUAUAAUUAUACAUGAAACACAGACACAUGCACAUGUACAGCACAUGCACAUGGAGCGUGAACACAGUGGUACAUGAAAAGAGCUGCCCGUGGCUCAGAACCAGACGCUCUGCUCACUCUGCACAAUGGGCUAACGGGGCAGCUCAAUAGGCAGUAGAAAGGGCUCUUACAACAAUGCACUACAACAAACACAAGACAAAAGAUCAGUGAUACCUGUGCAUGGCUCUGCAUGCAUGACUAACAUUGCUUGCUAU